CAGGGUUCAGGGGUGCGCUACAUACAGAGUGCAGGGUUCAGGGGUGCGCUACAUACAGAGUGCAGGGUUCAGGGGUGCGCUACAUACAGAGUGCAGGGUUCAGGGGUGCGCUACAUACAGAGUGCAGGGUUCAGGGGUGCGCUACAUACAGAGUGCAGGGUUCAGGGGUGCGCUACAUACAGAGUGCAGGGUUCAGGGGUGCGCUACAUACAGAGUGCAGGGUUCAGGGGUGCGCUACAUACAGAGUGCAGGGUUCAGGGUGCGCUACAUACAGAGUGCAGGGUUCAGGAGUGCGCUACAUACAGAGUGCAGGGUUCA